GGACGGGCAGAGGGACGGGCAGGCUCCUGGAGGAGAAGAUGCUGCCGGAGAACAACGCCUGCAUCUGAGCGCACCGAGGACCAGCCCAGCCGACGAGGAGGUGCGGAACCGACCCAUCCUCCUCCUCCUCCUCCACCCUAAAAAAAAAAAGAAAAAAAAAAGAAAAAAAAGCACAUAUAAAGAACAGGAAGAAGAUCACAUGUUAUAAUAAUCCCCUCUGCAGCCAGACAGGACCAGAGAGGCGAACUGCCCGCUCAGGACCGAGGGAUGUGCUAGAGGCAGAGAGGAAACUUGAGGCUAACUCCCAGCCUCGGAGGGAGGGAACCCCAACCCUGAGCCUCGCUGCAGCAGGAGGGAGGCAGGAGCUGCCCUCCAGCCCCUUUUUUUCCCCGCACCUGAGCGCAGUCCCUGCACCAGGCUCCCUCCAGCAACCCCGACCCCGACCAGGGGUCGCCCCGGCCCCGGCGAGCCCCCCCCCCCCCCCCCCCCCCCCCGCUUUGGGGUUUUGCUCUUAGCCCCUGGCGCUCGCUGUGGGAUCAGUGGCUUCCGUGCCAGCGGAGGGAGGAGGGCUAGGAAAUAAAAUCAAGCAACCCAAACUGAAAAGAGAGAAGAGCCAGGAAAGCACUUGCUUCUCAUCAGCUCUCAGCGAAAAAAGCCAACUCUCUUCUUAUGACCCUCUGCUGCAGGGAGCAAAGGGGAAGCGGGUUUGGGGGCAGAGCUCCCACCCAAGCGGGGUUCCCGCAGCCGAGACCCCAUCGCCACCCCGGCUAGCUGCGGGGGCUGCCAGGGGGGUAGGGAAGGUUGCCAGGGGGAAGGAAACCAAAAGGAAGCUCCAGCAAAAGCAAGGAGCAGAAAGGAAAGUUUUGGACUAGCAUCCACAAGAGAGCGGACCGAAGAGAGCUCCCCGCGUCGCACCAGCCCUCGAUGGUGCAUUCAGGGGGCUGCAGCAGGGAUGUGAACAUCCCCGGCCCGCUGCAUGGAGAGGGGUGAAGACACGGAAAACCCUUGUUAUUUAUUUAUUUAUUGGAAGCGAUGUACGGGUGACACCCAGAAGGCAUCUGAGCCCUGAAAGAGGAAAAAAAAAAAAAAAGAAAGAAAGAAAGAAAGAAAAAAAAGCCUCCAGACCCAAAGGAAAACAAGAAGAAUGAGAUGAGACAGCAGCCUUGACCCCUGCACUAAGAGGAAGGUGAGAAGAAAGAAAGAAAAUACAGAAAAGCCAUGCAAGUACCAAACCUGUAGAUUACUGCAGCUCUUUUUUGCUUCACCGAGGACAGAUAUUUUACUGACAGCCAUGAAGCAUAAAGGCAUCGUGCUGAUUGUGUUCUUGGAAUAUUUUAUUUCUGGCCAUGGAGGAGCAGAUCCCGUGAGGCUACAAGCUUUCCGCUGUAAUGGCCGUUCUUGCAACCCUCCAGUGGGAAACCUUGCAAGAGGGAGGACACCAGUCACCCUCACCACGUGUGGGCAGAACAGCACAGAACUGUACUGCUUCUACCCAGACCAAAAUCUCCUCCACCCGCCCUCCCAUGGCUGUGGGCAGCCUCGCUGCACCAAAUGCAAUGCCAACCAGCCUGAUAACUCCCAUCUCCCUGCUGACAUGACAGAUGAUUUCUUCGCAAAUCCAGUCUCCUGGUGGCAGUCUGCCCAAGGGGUACACAGGGAAGAAAUCAGGCUGGACUUCGAAACGGAGUUCUACCUGACCCACGUCAUCGCUGUGUUCAAGUCCCCACGCCCAGCUGCGAUGGUACUGGAAAGAUCCCAGGACUACGGGCAGACUUGGAGGCCCUACAAGUAUUUCUCUGUCAACUGUACAGCAACUUUUGGGCUCCAGGAUGAUCUCACUGAGGAGGGCUCCAUGUGUACUUCCAGAUAUUCAGAUGCAGUGCCCUGCACCAGAGGAGAGGUGAUUUAUCGUGCCUUAACUCUGGCUAACAAGAUUGAAGACCCCUACAGCCCUGAGGCUCAAGAUCUCCUGAAACUCACCAACCUCCGCCUCCUUUUGUUAAAAAGACAGGAAUGUCCAUGCCACGGUUCAGGAUUGGUAGAGAAACCUCAGAGGUUUGCCCACUACGCUAUUUAUGACCUGAUCAUCCGAGGAAGCUGCUUUUGCAAUGGGCAUGCGGAGGAAUGUGAGCUUGCCAACCAGACAGGAGACAUGGAGAAUGUGGUCCAUGGGAAGUGUGUGUGCAGACACAACACAGCAGGGGACCACUGUGAGAAAUGUGCACCGCUAUACAAUGAUCAGCCUUGGAAGCCAGGAGAUGGAAAAACAGGGGCACCAAAUGAAUGCAGAAAGUGUCGCUGUCACAACCAUGCUGACAGCUGCCAUUUUGAUCUGAGUGUUUGGCUGGCAUCAGGAAAACGCAGUGGUGGAGUCUGUGACAACUGCAAGCAUAACACAGAGGGACAUCGGUGUCAAAGGUGCAAACCAGGGUAUUACCGAGAUAAAGGGAAACCCAUGUCUUCAACAGAAGUCUGCAAACCUUGCUCCUGCCAGCCAAUGGGUUCAGCCAACGCAACUUUCAGCAGAAGCUGGCGAUGCCACCCCAAGACGGGAUUCUGCUACUGCAAGCCAGGUGUGGCGGGCCCCAACUGCGAUAGAUGCCUCAUGGGCUACUGGGGCUUUGGAGAGAAUGGCUGUCGUCCUUGUGACUGUGCCAGAGACUGCGACCAGCAUACUGGAAACUGUUUCAAUGGCUACGACAAUGAGCCAUUCUUUAAUAUCCCCAUUGGAGGACAAAUCCCUGACCUUGUGCAAACUCCAAGUAAUGAGAGUGAGGAUGAGUGGAAGUGGAACGACCACGAGCAAGGAUUCUCUGCCCUGAGGCACCCAGAAAAGUGUGUGUGCAAAGAGAAGGUGCUUGGAAGUGUCACUGACUUCUGCCAAAUGAAAUAUGCUUAUGUGAUAAAAGCAAGAAUCCUAUCAGCUCACGACAAAGGGACGCAUGCAGAAGUUGUUGUGAAAGUGAAGAAGAUCCUGAAAUCAGGCAAAGUGAAAAUUGCUCGGAGCAACAGAAGCAUUUACCCCGAAUCCUGGACCAACAGGGGAUGUACCUGUCCCAUUCUCAAUCCUGGUACUGACUAUCUUAUAGCAGGCCAGGAAGACUCUAGGACCAGCAAACUUCUUGUGAACAUGAACAGCUUGGUAAAACCCUGGAAAGCACAUUUGGGAAAACAAGUAGCAGAUAUUCUUCGAACUGGGUGCAAGUAAUUUCUGCUUCGAAACUUACAGUGAUGAACUUUGCCUUUUAAUAACACUGCAGUGAAAGGUUUAGUUAGUUUGUAUGUUUCCAUUCAUUGUGCUCCUAGCUGAAGUGAUGAAGGCAGGCUCACCACCCUUUCUCCUUUCAUUUCCCUAGACAGAAAACUUUGGGAUGUGACUUUUUUUUUUUUUUUUUUUUUCCAGCAAUGCACAGCCUUAUCACACAAAAUGAACUAGUGCAUCAUACAUAGGUUGCAAGUCAGUUUUUAAUUUGAGCCUGAUUCCAUGUAUUCAGAGUAUCAUUUUACAAGGCCAAACUGAAGCUAUGGAUCAGUGUUUCCGUACUUCAAGUCAGAGCCUGAUAUUAGCAUGUAUAAGCUGCUUGCAUAUUGCAUUCAUUACCGGGGUGUAGUUUUCUUUAUAUAAGUGACCACUAACAGGCAGCAAUUUAUUUCAGCUUUACAAGGGGCAUAAUACUAGACAAGUAUGUCAAACAAAAAUAUCUGAGCUCUUUUAGGUAAUUAUUAUUUACCAUCAAACUGUUGUUAUGCCAGUAUAACAUGCUGCUUUCUAGAGGACAAUAUUAUCACACUGCGGAACAGAAACUAACAUGGGACUUAGAUCGGACAAGGCUCUAUAGACUGCUGUCAUCAGUUCUUAGUGAUGAGGCCUGCUGCAAAAAGUAACUUGAUUCCAAAUCCAACUCUUGCUCUCCAAGGUCAUUUUGCUCUUUCUUGUAGUACUUGAGUCUGUACCACCACACAACGGUUUCCCGAUGAUUACCACCAAAAAGCCUUAUGCUAGGAAAGAGCCAAAUCAAGCAAAGAACGUCAGCUGCUCUGCUGUUGAAUUUGUAAUUCUACAAAAGCUACAGAAGUAGGCAGAGGUAAAUGGGUUGGCUGGACUGCAUUUUAGAUGAGGUAGCUAUGAGAGAGAUGUGGUACUGUGAGAGCAACCUGACUAUUUGAGCUGUGCUCAAGACCACUGCCAUUUGAUUUGCACUUAGCGCUUUCAUUCUGCUUUAUUUCUCUUGGUCAUACUUGAGGUUAAGAGCUAAACUUAGGCUGCCUUCCCAUCACACCUGAGGAUUGUUUCUCCCCACAGAAAUACAGGAGAGGUUAUUGCCUGCACUCUAGGUAGUAGUUUUGUUCUGCAAAAGCAUUCUUUCUAAAUCUGUUUCACCCUUCUCCAUAGGAAAGGAGAGGUAGCUAUUUAAAUUGUUCCCUAACAAAGCAUUUUGAGGAAAGUGUAGUUCUAGACUCUGUCCCUGGAACAGCGGACUCAUGAGCAAAUGAAGCUCAUUGGAAUGCCUUCCCUCGUUAAGUAAAGCAGAAAUUACAAUGGAUUGGUCUAUACUUUCAGGUGGUUACAAGUGACACUUCUGCAUAUUUCUGCUCCAUGUCUACGACUUGAGCUCUCAAGAAAGAGGAGAUAUCUUAAUUUAGCACACUCUGACUGGUACAUGGAGUAUCUAGGAAAACCUUAAGCUAAUGCACAAGUAUGCCUGUUCCAGGCUACAUUCAGGCCAUCAGUUUGUUCUCUUUAUCACUGAGAACCUGAAAAAAUCAGCUUCAUUUAUUCCAUUUGUCACUGUUUUCCUUUUAACUUUGUAUUGGUUGAAGAGCUGAAAAAUCUUCAGGUCAUUUGGAAAUGGAUGACAGGCAGAUAUUUAUAAAACGAAAGCACUGCUUUUCUCCCAACUGUGCGUAGUGUUUCCUCCCCCUUCCUUUUCAAGUGCUCCCCUUCUCCAUUGCCAUUGAUUUUCCUCUUCCCUUCUAUUUAUUUGUUGUUGCUAAAGUGAUAUCCAACUAUAUGGCAUCUCCAACAAGCCAUUUAAUUAAUGCAAUAAAACACAUUUUAACAAGAA